CUCAAAGGUCAUAUAGACUGGGUAUACGGUGUUGCGUUUUCGCCAGACGGCAAACGGAUAGCCUCGGUCUCGGCGGACAGAACUGUCAAGCUCUGGGAUGUCGAGUCAAGACAGGAGAUCCAGACGUUGACUGGCCACAGCGACUGGAUCUACGCCGCGGCCUUCUCCCCCGACGGGUCCCUUCUGGCUUCAGGCGGGGCAGACAAGUCAAUUCGGAUCUGGGACAUAUCCUCUACACAACCCGAGAUCUAUCCAGAGCACCAAGGCCCUGUCCAUUCAGUAGCCAUGUGUCCCAAGGGAAAGCCCCUAGCGUCGGCCGCACAUGACGAGCUGACAAUACGAAUCUGGGAUUCCGCAUCAUGCCUAUCGGCAAGAGAGCUCAAGGGUCAUUGCGACUGGAUCCACAGCAUGCCAUUCUCGCCCAACGGGCUGCUCUUGGCGUCCUGCUCGAAUGACGAGACUAUCAGGAUCUGGGACACGCUAUCAGGGGGACUAGUCCGGCUGCUUUGCGGGCACGAAAAAGGCAUCCGCGCCGUCACAUUUUCCGCCGACGGAACACAUCUCGCAUCUGCCUCGGACGACAAGACGGUCAGAAUCUGGAACUUGACCCUAGAACUAGACAACGGCCCCGACGGUCAAAAGACGGUCAUGACGGCCUGUGGCUACUCGGAACUAGCUCGGGCCGUGGCGUUCUCUCCAGAUGGCGCAAUGCUGGCUACAAGCUCUGACGAUCUGACCAUCAUCUUGUGGAGACUGGAUCUGUGCAGCGACCCGCAAGUAAUCAGAGUGCUCCGGGGUCACCGAAUAUCUGUUCGAGCCGUUUCAUUCUCUCCGCCGUCGGGCCACUUGCUGGCGUCGGCGUCCCCAGACGGCGACGUGAAGAUAUGGGACACCACUACGGGGGCCAUCUUGCAGAGCCUGCGUAUCCGUGCAUACAUCAACUCUAUAACAUUCUCACCACAGGGUCCGUAUCUGCGGACUAACAGGGGCUUGCUGCCUAUUGGGCACUAUAACCCGGAUUCUGGCGAGCCCCAAUCUGCCGACGUCUUUCUCGACGGGGACUGGAUUACGAGGAGGGGGGAGAGGCUCUUGUGGCUUCCCCUGCGGUUUCGGUCGACGUCUUCCUCAUAUUGGAGAAACGUGUUUUUCCUAGGUCAUUCCUCUGGGUUUGUGACGUCCAUGGAGUUCGACUUGACCUGCCCCUAGCCGUCGGUCGGUUCGGGUUAGUCUUCUACUUAAUUCGCACAUUUCGAGAGAGAUACGAAUAGUUAUGAGUUGCGAUUGGCGUGGGUGGACAGCUAAAUCAGUGAGUGCAUUGUCAGAGAACCGGA